AUGGCUAAUCUCAUGACCGUCUUCGCCCCUCGGGAUGGCCUCGAGGCUACACAGACCGCUAUCAUCCUCCCGCCUUCGUCUCCGACGCCGUUCACCUUCACCUAUGCUCGUCUUCACGAGCUCGUUCUUGACCUUCAGGCACAGCUGGCGUCGUUCAACCUAGCCCCCGGAACCUCGGUCAGCUCUUCGCUCAUCAACGGUAUCGAGUUCACCCUCGCUUUCCUGGCAACGGGCGCUGAGAGGCUCGUAGCUGCCCCUCUCAACCCAAACUAUUCGCAGGGAGAGGUUGAGUUCUACCUGCAGGACACCAAGUCACAGCUGCUGCUCCUUCCCAAGGGUGCGCUCAAGGCGGGUCACCCAGCUCUAGAAGCAGCCAAGAAGAGCGGCGGUGUCGAUGCCGUCGAGAUCAUCUUUGACCCGAGAGGCGUCGGAAGCGUGUCGCUGGUGCGUGCCGAUGGCAGCAAGGUCGGCAAGAACUCGCAGAUCCGCAAGCCGCAGGACGAAGAUGUUGCUCUGGUGCUGCACACGAGCGGUACCACCGGCAGACCCAAGGGCGUACCUCUGACGCACAAAAAUCUCUACACGACUAUGGGCAACAUCAUCGGCACCUACAAUCUCACGCCCGUCGACCGCACCUACCUCGUCAUGCCGCUCUUCCACGUCCACGGUCUGCUGUGUGGUCUGCUGGCCACCCUUCUGUCCGGCGGUAGCGCCGUCAUCCCUCCCAAAUUCUCGGCAAGUGUGUUCUGGAACGAGCUGUCUAGCAACAAUUGCAACUGGUAUACCGCUGUGCCGACGAUUCACCAGAUGCUACUCAACUCUCCGCUCCCCGACCCAGUGCCCAAGCUGCGCUUCAUCCGAUCGUGCUCGUCCGCGCUGUCGCCUUCGACCUUCCACUCGAUCGAGAAGACGUUCAAGGCACCCGUGCUCGAGGCGUACGCCAUGACCGAGGCGGCACAUCAGAUGACGUCGAACCCGCUGCCGCCGGCCAAGCGCAAGCCUGGCACUGUCGGUAUUGGCCACGGUGUUGAGAUCCGCAUCCUCGACGAGCAGGGACGCGAAGUGCCGCAGGGCACCAUUGGUGAGGUCUGCGUUCGCGGAGCCAACGUCACUAAAGGCUACCUAAACAACCCCAAGGCCAACGAGGAGUCGUUCGUGACGCUGGCUGAGAACAAGGGCUUCUUCCGAACCGGCGACCAGGGCCGCAAGGACGCCGACGGCUACGUCGAGCUCGUGGGCCGCAUCAAGGAGCUCAUCAACCGAUCUGGCGAAAAGAUCAGCCCACUCGAAGUCGACGCUGCGCUGCUCGCUGUCGAGGGCGUGAAGGAAGCCGUCUCGUUUGCCAUGCCCGACAAGCUCUAUGGUGAAAAGGUCGGCGCCGUCGUCAUCCUCCACAAGGGCAAGGAGAGUCUAGGUGAGAAGGAGAUCCAGCAGGCCAUGCAGGGCAAGCUCACCAAGUUCAAGAUCCCAGAACGCAUCUGGAUCACCGACGCCAUUCCUAAGACGGCGACCGGCAAGAUCCAGAGGAAGAAUGUCGCUGCCACCUUCCUCAGGAAGGACGGCGCCAAGUUGUAA